UUAUUCGAAGCCCAUGUGCAUUCAAAAACCCUAGUUUCUGCUGUUUCUCCGGCGCCCCAUUGCUCGUACUCUAGGGCAGAGAAAUACCGGAACUUGACUGGAUAGCCAUGUCUCAGAUUGAUAAUCGGAACUCUUUUGCUGGAAAGCGUGCUCGAACUGAUGGUGGCCGUCGAGAAGAUGAUUGGACUUGCCCUAGUUGUGGCAAUGUCAAUUUUUCAUUCAGGACAACAUGCAACAUGAGGAAUUGCUCACAAUCAAGGCCUGUGGAUCAUAACACAAAGUCUGCUCCAAAAUCUCUUCAAGGUCCUCCAUAUACAUCUGGAGCUGGAUAUGGUGGAUCUGCCGUUCCCUCUUCAGUUUAUGGUGGCGCUCCAUAUGGGUCCUCUUAUUAUAAUGGUUCACCGUUGCCUCCAUAUGAUUUUCCUGCUGGAGGUUCGGGCUAUUCUUAUGCAUAUGGUGCCCGCCUCUCUGUUGGCAGCCCAUAUGGGCCGCUACACAUUUCUGGCCCACCCCCCUACUCAGGUGCAUCUAUGUUAGGAGCAGGUGGCAUGUAUGGUAUGCCUCCACUGAUGGACAGAUAUGGCAUAGGAAUGCAUAUGGGUCAUGGAGCAAUGGGUCCUGCAAGACCUGUAGCAUAUGCUGAUGAUGACUUUCAAAUGAAGCCCGCAGAUGCAGGACGUGACAAUGAUUGGAUUUGCCCAAAUUGUGGUAAUAGAAAUUUUGCCUUCCGAAAUAUUUGUAACAUGAGGAAAUGCAAUACUCCAAGGCCUGGAAACCAGGCUUCUAAAUCUGAGAAUUCAAAGGGUUCUAAACAAAAAAUGCCAGAGGGAAGCUGGAAGUGUGAAAAGUGCAACAACAUAAACUACCCAUUCAGGACCAAGUGCAACCGUCAAAACUGUGGUGCAGAAAGGCCUUCGGAAGCAAAUGAGGCUCGUGGCGGAACCUCUGAUGAGGAUGAACAGUGAGUCCUAGAACAAAUUGUCUGGGUCGAGAAGGUUCAGUUCAGUCAUCAUCGGCGUCACAUGUCUCAGAGGUCCGUCCCGUCCGUCUUUUGUCGAGUCGUCUUGAUGGUUGUAGAGUAUCUCUACCUACUUAUCAUUUGAAAUUAGUCACUCUGAUUCACAAAAAGUGGUGCAUAGGCAUUAGUAGUACUUUGCACAACGGUUAGAUGGUGGUGUUUCUUGGUCUGGUUGUCCUAUGCUUGCAGAUCCAGGUAGACUCCUUUUUGUUUAACUUUUUUUAAGUUGAAGUUUGUCUGUUUUAUUAUGUUGCUCGACGACUUUGUAUUGUGUGCUUUUAUGGUUCAGUAUACCUGAAUCAGUUGGUGAUCUAAAAAUCAUGGAUAUUUGGGGCGUC